AGCCUCCACUGGUCAACCAGUUCAACUAGAUUGUCCGAUGACUUCGGGGUAUUUUAACUGGAUGAGACUCGUUCCUGAAAACGUUCCUGAAGUCUUCACUGAAUCAUCAUGGACGCACUUGAAUAUAAAUGUCAUCAGAGAGGAGAAGGAGAAGUUGACCCUGGAGUUUAAACGCGUCAGUGAAAAUGACUCUGCAGUUUAUCUCUGUCUGCGAGUCGUUGGAAACAACUGGACGUUCAUCAAACAAGUCAAGCUCAUUGUUACAGAUCCAUCCGUCAAUCAUUCGACACCAGCCGCCAAAGUUCCGAGCCCAACGACUCCACCAGUGAAUUGGACCUGUUUCCCACCUGGAAAGUUUCAGUCUCAACCCAGUUCUGUGCUCGUGGAAGGAACUCAGGAGUUCAACUGUGACGGUGACCCGGAGGAACCGUCCGCCAGGAAAUGCCUCUUCAACUUCUUCAUGAACGUCAGCCUGUCCAACACCACGGGGUUCGGGUCGGUGGCUUCGUGCGGAGAGAGAACUCAGCAAGGAGCUGCAGCAAAUGUGUGUGACUCCACAAAAUACGACAAAGUUCAUAUUGUCAUGAGCGUAGCUUUGACCGUGAGCCUGGCGUGCAUCGCGGUUCUUCUUCACUCCAUCAAGAAGCUGAAGAGUCAGCUGCAGAGCAGGGACAUGACUGAGCUUCAAGACGGCGCGAGCAGCGUUGAACAGGACCCGUCGUCACACUCUUUGAUUUAUGCGACCAACUUGAGGUUUCAACGCAGAGCUGACAGCAACGGAAGACAAGGGACCAACCAACGGGAGGACCAGUGUGUUUACUCAACUGUGAAGAAGCAUCGCUCAGGAAGUAUAAUACGGGUUUAAAUAACAUCACAGACACAUGAAUAAAUAGAUGAGGUUUGGACUCCGGCUUCAGGCGCCUCUUCAGUGGAUGUACGCAGCGGACGUUUGGGAGUAGAUGCAUUCCUCACUUUUGUAUUUCAGUCUUUUGGAUUUCCUCAUGGGAAAGUUCAGCGCAGCGUAGCUGACUCCUUCCACGUCACCAUCCUAUACGGACCCAUAAAACAAAACGAUUAAAAAGGAGUUGAAACACACAGGGUUGCGAUAAUAAUUAUAAUAAUUAUUAUCGUCAUCUUGACACACAUUUAUUCAGCUUUUAUUUUGUCUGACCACUUCCUGUCUGUGGUCUGUUGCUGCUCUUUAUAGCAGUUCCCAACACUCUCUCUCUGGAUUAUGAAUUUGUUGCUUCCAUGUGUCUCUUUCUUCCUUUCUUUUACCUCGUUGUUGUGUUUUACAGGUGUUAUUUUACAUCUUCCAUUUUCUCUAGACCUCUGUAGACAUCACCGUUAUUCCAGCUACCUGCGAUGACAUAUGGGGGACGCCAGUUCACCUCAGACAACCCCUCACACGCUGCUUAGAAACUCCACACAGAAGACAGGGCAUGGGUUCACCUCACACCCAAGAGUUGACCCUUGCUCUGAGGCCGCAGCACGGAGGCCUUUCGCUGAGAGAGUAAGGUCACACUCUAAAUAGAAGAAAUCCUACAACUCACCGGGUGGAGUCCACGGUCAGUGGCCUGAGAAGGAGCCGCACAGGAAACAGCUCUUCCCUCUGUUUUAAAGAGAAACGGAUUUCAAUUUUUGCAGGGUAAAACCAAUAGAAAUUCAUGUGAAAAAAGGUAUUUUAUACAGCGGUAUGAAAGUGUUUAGUUAUGCUACAGAAUUUGUGGCAUUUAUUGUGAAAAUGAAAACAUGUCUGUGGUGGAGCUGACAUUUCAGGCAAGCAUGUGACCUGAGGCUGCACCCAGUGGCUUCAGGCGAAGCUGCUCUCAAAGGUGACAAACUAAAUUUAAACAUGCAUGAUAAUGCAAAUACGAUAAAAGUUAUUCUAUAUAUAUUUUUAUGUUUUUUUCAAUAAUUUCUUAUUGAAAAAAACGCUGCUGAAAAUGAGUGUCACUCUUUGGAGGUUUGAAUGAGAGAAGUGGAAAUAAAGACUGAAAACAUAAAGAGUGAGAACGUAUUUAGAACUAGAAAAGUGAAUGAAAGAAAAAUGCAAAAUCUUUUCCAGUUUUGCUCAUGAAGGUCACAUAAAUACAGGCAAAGGGUCGAAUGUGUGGCCACACUUCUCCUCUUGGAAAGUGACAGGAUUGAAGAUUCAGUGGAUUUGUUAACAUUUUAAUGACGUACAUCCUCUCCGUCAGAGUGAAGUAGUGAAGAACUUGAAAACUCACCUUUGCCGACUUUAUUCCUGGCUAUCAGCAGCGCUACAAUUACGACCAAACAAACUGCUACGAGUGCUGUCAGCACGAUGAUGAUGAUCUUCACUUCUUGUUCUGCGAGAGCAAGAGAGAAAAAAAGGCACUUUGUAAUUCAACAUUUGAUGGUAAACAAAAUGUCUUUUUCAUCUUU